UGACUUAAGCUCCUCCUUAGCAGUUCUUCAUAGUCCACACACACAAAGAUACACCAGAAGAGUUGUCAGACAUCCAUCACAACACAACUCAUUCCACUUCAGGUGAAAUCCAAAAGUUUUCUUAGAAUGGAAAACAGCAAUGUCAUCACAUCUGACAAAGCUACAGUUAUCAUCCAAGUAAAUCCACAGCUGGGACAAGAUACUGUUAUUUGUGACGAUGGACAACAGGCCAGAGGAACAUAUCACAAUACAGGUCUUAAAGGAUUUUUCAAAGCACAACCAAAGGCACUGGGGACUGUACAGAUAAUGACUGGAGUGAUGCUCUUCUUACUUGGUAUUGUGCUCAACGCAAAUUUGAACAGAUUUGGAAGUAUUAUUGUCAUUAGCGGCAUCACUUACUGGGGAUCUUUCAUUUACAUCAGUACUGGCUCUUUGUCUGUUGCUGCGCAGAAUAAACUAAAUCCGUGUGUGGUGAAAGCCUCUCUUGGAAUGAAUGUAAUCAGUGCCAUUACUGCAGCGAUAUCCAUUCUUCUGACUGGCAUAGAAAUGGGAAGGACACAUGAAAAUUGCAUCUACAAUAGAUAUGACUGUGAACAAACAUAUUCUCUGGGGAUCCUUGGAAUAUUGCUGGUGUUCUCCAUCCUUCAGUUCAUCAUCUCCAUCUGUAUCUCAGGAUUUGCCUGCAAAGCCACCUGCGAAACAAACUUGACAGUGGUCAGUGUGGCAUUAAAUUAGGGAUACUGAGCCACAGUGAGGAAAUCCUAUCAUCCAAAAGUUGCGAGGAAUAAUUUGUUUCCUUUUUUUUUCUUUUUUGAGAGAAUACUUUAUAAUUAUUGGAAAAUUGACCUCUAAACCCUGUUCAAACACACAUGAAGUAAAUGAAUCUACAGUA